AUGAAUAAAGGAGAAUAAUCCCAAUAUUUAUUAGAGCAAAGUAAUAAUACGAAAUCAUUUGUUGAUAGUAAGUAUAUUAAAUUGAUAAAGACUCUUCUCCAAACAAAAGUUUAGUGCAAUACUCAAUAAUUUAGGCAGCACUUGAAUUCAAAAUAAAGGAACAUCCAAUCUAACCAGGAGAAUUAAUAAAUAGCUCAAUAGUUGAAGAGGCCCCUCGUUUUUUGGAAAGAGGAGCAAACUAUUCAUCUAAGAUGCAUGACAAUGAGAAUAUACUGUUUAAUAAGCAAAAGCCAAGUCAGAGAAUGAGUCAUGUGUAUCCAUCAUAUAUGUCUGAUAAUUCUAUAUAAAUUGAUUAAGACAAAAUAGAAAUGAUAGAACAUACUUAUUCUGUUGAAUAGAUAUAAAAGAUUUUGAAAACAAAUAUUAAAGAAGGAUUAAGUGAUUAAUAAGUUUAAGAGAAGAUUUCAAAGUUUGGUUUAAACAAAAUUACAAGUAAGCAUGCAAAUGUGUCAUUAAGAGAAUUGUUCAAUUUAUUUACAUUAGCAUUGUUGAUAGUUAUUGCACUUUCAAUAGUUGGGUAUUUAUAUGAUGAAAAAGAACAUAUUUCAUUUCUAAUAGAAAUUUUAUGUCUUAUAUCAGUUCUUAUAUUUACACAUAUAAUAACAUUUACUUCAUAUUUAAAAAAGAAGAAACUAUUUUAAUAAUUUAAUCAAAUCAUAUCAAAUGAUGAAGUAAUCGUUAUUAGAAAUGGAUAAAAAUAAAAAAUAUCAUCGGAAUAAUUAGUCAAAGGAGAUCUUAUUGAAUUAAAUUCAAAUUAUAAAGUACCAGCUGAUUGUAGAAUCAUAUUAUCUUAAUAAUUAAGUGUAGAUAAUUUUAUUUUUACUGGAGAUUGUUAACCAAUAUUAUUAGAAUCAGAGGAAAGCAAUCAUAAAUCAAUAUUUGAGGCAAGAAAUGUUGCUUUUUUAGGAGUAGGUUGUGUAUUUGGAGAAGGCAGAGCAAUCGUUAUAAAUACUGGGAAUUAAACUAUUUUAGGAAAAUUAGCUAAAAAAAUUGAUGUUCCAAUAUCAACUUCAUAUAUUGAUUAUCAAGUUAAAAAGUAUUUAAUCUUAAAUUAUUAAGAAUUAUAUAGAUAACGACCUUAAUAAUAUUUGCAUUCAUUAUUAUAACAAUAAUUGGAUGGAUAUUUCAAGAACAUGGAAAAUAUGAUUUCACAUUUCUUAUUAACACAAUUAUUAUUAUCAUUUUAUCUAAGUAUGAUGAGAUAUUUAAUAUUUAGUCUACCUUUUACAUUAAUGUUAUUGAUUUCCUAUUCUAAAAGAAAAAUUAUAUCAAUCAUGCAGGAUUAAAAAAUAUUAUUGAAGGAUGUCGAUGUUAUUGAAAAUCUAACCCAAAUGAGUUUAUUACUUAUCAAUAAAGAAGCUUUACUAGUCUAAGCAUAAUAACCAAAGAAGAUUAUUCUUGGUAAUCAAAUACAUCAUAUUAAUAAAAUUAAAAAUUAUUAAAGUAUUUUCAUAUUUUAUUAAAGACUUACUAAAUUGUAUUCACUAUUGUAUCUAUUAAGAAAACUACUCAUUAGAGGAAUCCUAUUGUAAAUAAGACAUUUAAUAAAUAAUGAGAAAGUUUAUUAGAGACUAUAGAAUUGAUGAUUACAAAAUUAUAUAAUAAAGGCAAUUUACAGCAAUAGAAAGAUAUUGUUUGACAAUUGUCUAGAAUAAGGAAUUUAAAUCAUAAUAUAUUGUUUUUAUGAUGGGUUCUCCUGAAGUCAUUUAGUAAAAAUUAUUCAGAUCAGGAUCCUAAGAAGAAAUUGAUUAUAUAAGUUCUCAUAGAAAUUUAGCAAGAAAGGGUUAUUCUUUAAUUUCAUUUGCUGAAAAAACCUUAAUUCUAGACGAGAAUUAUAAAUUUGAUUUAGCCAAUAGCAACGAAUUCAAUUUUAAUUUGAAUCAUGCUACUGAUUUAGGAACUAUCGCCUUAAAAUUGACAAUCACUCCUAUUAUUAGAACAGUAUUAUAGAAAUUAAAUUUAUCUGGAAUAAGAGUUAUUUUGAUGUAAUCUAUUUACAUAUAAAAAGGACUGGUGAUUAUCCUGAAACUGCAUAAUAUAUUGCUUAAGAAUCUUAAUUAGUUUUUAAUCCAAAAAUAGUUACAGGAAGUGAUUUAGAAGAUUAUGAAUAAAAUGAUGAAGAUUAACAAUAACAUUAAUAAGCAGAUGAAGAAUCAAUCAAUUAAAAAAUAUUUGCAUAAAAAAAUACAAUAUAUGCAAGAAUAAAUCCAGCAUAAAAAUUAAUGGUUAUUUCUGCUUUUUAAAAAUAAGGAUAUAAAGUUGGUAUGAUAGGUUUUGAUACUAUUGAUUCACCUGCUUUAAGAAAAUGCGAUGUAAGUUUUGCAAUGAAUAGAUCUGAUGAAUUGGCUAAAUAAUCUUCCAAAAUUAUUCUCAUUAGUAAUUAACAAUAAGAAAUGGAAUAAAUAUUAAAAUGUAUUUAUCAAGGAAGAAGAUUUACAGACAAUCUGAUUAAACAAAUUAAAUUAUGUUUAAGUAAUAAAUUUGGUCAAUUCAUUCCAAUACUAUUAAUGUUAUUUGUUGGAAUUCCUUUGCCACUCACCAGCUUUGGAAUUUUGUAUAUAACACUUGCACUAGAAAUCUUAGUUUUAGGAGUUCUAAAUGAAAAUGAAGAAGUUGACAUUAUAAUUAGAGAACCUAGUAAUGUAAAAAUCUUUAUGAAAUUAUAACAUUUCUUAAGAUGGAUCUUAACUCAUGGUGUUUUAGCUGCAUCAUCAGGAAUGAUGAGUUAUUUAGUAACUAUGCAUUAUUUUGGAUUUCAAAGUAAAUCAUUACCUGGAAUUAUUUAUAAAGAUGGAUAUUCAAAUCAAAUAUCUAAUUCUACAGAUUUUUACAAUUUUAAUUAUUCUGAUCCAUAUUUAGGAAAUUUAAAUCUAAUCAAUCCAUAACAAUUAUAAUAAAACCCUUUUAUUACUUUUUAAUUUUAUAAGCAUUUUGAUAAAGCCUCUUAAUUUGACUUUAGAAAUGUUAUUGUUUAAUAUAAUGAGUUAAAUUAAUCUUGGAUAACUAAUUUUAUAACUAGUGAUUCUGAUAUUUGUAAAUUAAAUAACUCUGAUUUAUGCUACUCAUAUUAGUCUUUGGAUAUUGCUUAAUUAGGUUUCAUUUAUGGAUUCAUAAUGUGGGGAUGGCUUCAUGUUUUUCUAGGUAGAGUAAGGAUUUUAUCAUUUAGAUAUUAGAAAUUAAACAAAGUAUUUAUAUAUUAAUAAAUUUUUGUAGAAAUUAAUUUACUCAUAUUUAAUUUCACUAUUUUUAGUGUUGCUUAUGUAUAUACCAUAUAUGAUUUAUUAUUUUCCUGACAAAGAUAUUAAUUUCAUCGGUGUGAUAGGGUUGCCCUGUACUCCUAUUUUAAUAGUGUACUUUUGUUUCAAUGAAAUUACUUCAAAAAGAAAAUUAAAAAAGUUGAAAAAAAUUAUAUGA